AAAGCAUUCCCGACGUCGAAGGACGCGAAUGAAUAUGCAGGAUGUUGGUGGUCACGGUAAGAGCCUAGAGGCGCGAUCGGCGACACAUGCAGUGCGCGGAGCCAGACACAGGCUGGUCUCAAUCAGUCAACGUCGACAUUCGUCACCAACUACUACGACUGGGCUCGCUUCCAGCCUCUAGACACUCUCGAAAGGCAAUCAUUCCUUUAUAUAUAGAACUACGACUGCUUUACAGACGUUCGCAGGAUACCCCUAGAUGUUGCGAAACCUCAGUACACUGUCACCGCGCCCAUCACCGAAGCCCAUAUCAUUGACAAGCCCAUUUACGCGUUCUACGCUAAAUUCGAUCCAAACUACGCUGGAGGCCACAUAUUCUGAGGAUGACAUUCGGUACGACCCCUCCGAAACUCAUGCUGCAGUGCUAGUGCCCCUGUGUAAUGUGAACAACAAGCCUGGAAUACUCUUGGAGGUAAGAGGAAAGCUUCGAACACAUUCGGGUGAGGUAAGCUUUCCUGGGGGACGUGUUGACCAGACGGAUGAGUCUGCUCUUGCUGCAGCCUUGCGAGAGACAGAGGAGGAAGUCGGCAUUCGUCCCGAGCAAGUGGAGAUACUUGGUCGCUUCGGUCCUCCAGAGAAGUCACUAGCUGGAAUGAGAGUUUGGCCGUUUGUUGGCUUCAUUCAUCCUACUCCUCGGACAAUCGGUACGAACGCAGACACUAGAACAGCCAACGAGACAGACGAACCCAUGCCCUCUCUCGACCUGUCGACCCUCAAACUGUCACCAAAGGAAGUUGCAGAUGCAUUUCAUCUCCCUUUGCCCGCGGUUGUUUCACCUCUCCGUUUGCAUCAUUACCUCUUCAGAGGGACACGCCCAUAUUUCGCGAUUGACGUGUCAGACAUCAUCUCGUCAAAGUUUAAAGAUCCCUCACGAACGGACGUCGUGAGCAGCGUGGAAAACGCCUCAUGGGCGAGUAACCCGCGUGAACGAGAUGAAAUUGGAGGGGGCAGAGAAGGAAGGUUAGAGGCGUGGGGUUUGACAGGAUGGUACCUCACGACAUUGCUCAGAAGGUUGGGAGUGUAUGAUCACGAACAAUAACGGUCCAACAUUGCGGACUCUGUAAUCGGCCGAGUUGCUCGCCGAAAGACCAUCUAUAGUAUCCUGCGGAUCCCCGUCGUCAGCGGGAAGUGAUUAUGGACCGCUUCGUAGAAUAGAACAACAUACUAUAGAGCCCUGUUCCUGCCGAUCGGACCUUUGGAGGCUCGUCCGAACUGUGUGUGACACAAAAAACGAGGCUGCAACGUUGUGAUAGACUCUCAGAGCUGAUCUAUUCACUUGCCGCUCUUCCUGACUUUGAAUGA